CUUCUUCUCCAGUGCUCCCCGGCCCCGGCUGACGUUGGACAACAGAGAUGGCGGCAGGAACCAGCAACUACUGGGAAGAUCUCCGGAAACAGGCCCGACAGCUUGAAAAUGAACUUGAUCUGAAACUGGUUUCCUUCAGUAAACUGUGCACAAGUUAUAGUCACAGUAGUACCCGAGAUGGAAGACGCGACAGGUAUAGUUCUGACACAACACCCCUUUUAAAUGGAUCAAGCCAAGACAGAAUGUUUGAAACAAUGGCUGUGGAAAUUGAACAGCUCUUGGCAAGGCUUACAGGAGUAAAUGACAAAAUGGCAGAGUACACAAAUAGUGCUGGCGUCCCCUCCCUCAACGCAGCACUCAUGCACACGCUGCAGCGACACAGAGACAUCUUGCAGGAUUACACACAUGAAUUUAAUAAAACCAAAGCAAACUUUUUGGCAAUACGGGAAAGAGAGAACCUCUUGGGAUCGGUACAAAAGGAUAUUGAAUCAUAUAAAAGUGGUUCUGGAGUGAACAAUAGGAGAACUGAAUUAUUUCUGAAAGAACAUGAUCACCUACGGAACUCAGAUCGACUGAUUGAAGAAACAAUAAGCAUUGCAAUGGCAACAAAAGAAAACAUGACGUCCCAGAGAGGGAUGUUGAAAUCUAUACAGAGCAGGAUGAACACGUUGGCCAAUCGUUUUCCUGCCGUGAACAGCCUAAUCCAGAGGAUCAACCUGCGCAAACGUCGAGACUCCCUCAUCCUUGGUGGCGUCGUUGGCGUCUGCACCAUCCUCUUGCUACUGUAUGCUUUCCACUAAUGGACAUUCUCCAGAGACUUUGACAACCACCACUUCCUUGAGUUGAUUCCAGUUACAGAACAGUGAGGAGACAUGGACGGGCCUGGGGAGUUGUUGACCAUCUUUGUUUCAUUUAGGGCCUGUGAGAGGCUAUGGUGCUUGUCCAGGUUGGGGUUGAAGCUGCAAUGUUUGUGCCCUCUUUUCAGCAGAAUUUAUAUCCCCCUUUUUUUUCAAAACCAAACCAAACCAAACCAAGAAAGGUUCCCAAUCCUUUGUGUCUCUUUAUGAGGUAAGUAAACAUAUUAAGGAAAAAAAGUGCUUCAUGAUGGAAACUGGCCAUUGUUGAUUAAAAGAAAUGUAUAUCUGAAGCUUGAGUGUCUUCAGUAGGCCAGUGUGCCCCCCAAAGUCCAGAUCCCAGACUCUUGACCUGUGACCAGUGUAUUGCAGCUUUAAGCCAUCAUGGGUAGUUAGUGAAUGAAUGAAGCUUUUUUUUUUUUUCUUCUUCUUUUUUUUUUAAAUUUUGUGGUGAACAGUCACAGGUCAUUCUAUGUCAUCUGUGCUGUAGAUUUCUACUCUAUGUUUUUGGACUUUUUUUUUUUUAAUAUUCAAAGAUAACUCAGCUUGCACAGAAACUAACCUGACUACUUUGUUGAGCAUAUCUCUAGUUUGGGGAACUUUUGGGAGACAAUAUAAGGAAGAUUGAGACCGUUGCUCUAGUUGAAUUGGAGUAGAAUAUUUGUUCUAACUGUGAGCGGACUGCAGUAAUAGAAGCAUUCUUGGGAUGUGUGCUUUGGUGGGCAUAUGGGGAUCUAAAAAUCUUUGGGGGGAAAAAAGACAGUGGAUUUUUAAAAGGCUAUUCAUUGUUUUGACUUUGAUUUCUUUCUUCUUUUUAAAUGAAUUAGUGUUUUCUGCUUUGAAAGUAGAGUGAAAUCUAAACUCUACUAUGAAAUGAGAAAUUUAGGUUACCUCAGCCAGCUUUCAAAAGUCCCCCAAACUGGUACGUGUCCCAAGCCCUCUGAUGCAGAACUGAAGCAUGUGUGUCACUGAGGAAAGAUACGGUCCAGUUUGCAGUCAGGCCUGUUCCACCUCGGGUAACUCUGUCAUGUGUGAACAAAACAAUCAAAGGGCCCCCACACCAUCCUGUGCUGCAUUAUCUAUCCUAUCUUCUUGCUCCUGCUAUGUGAGGGAACCAGGUCACCCUGUGUCCAACUUAGCGUAGAAGAUCUCAUCAGUUAAAGGUUGCCAAACCUUCAGAAUGUUCUUUUGCUGUUCAAUGUACAUGUUGCAGAAUCUUCUUUCAUCUGCUCCUGUCUUCUGUCCAUCACUGACAAAAUUAUAAACUCGCCACUACAGUUCUUUUAGAGUUCAAUCAUUUGAUCAGCCCUCCCAGAAAUUCAAUUUCCCAUCUUGGUAAUGAUUGUAAUCACACGCAAUGUGGAGACUUGCCCAACAUCUCUGUUCCUUUCCUGGAAAAAAGGCUGCUUUAAAACAUUGAAGUUUCUAAUUCAUGCUCUGCACUUCACUAGAAUGACUAAAAGAGCUUUGGAUGUGGUGGCAGAACCACCUCAUGGUGUGUAGAUUAUAUUGUUCAUUUGACAUGGAUAGAGGCUUUUGUCUAGAAUGAUACGCUGGUGUGAUGUGAUGUGAAGACUGCAGAGAUUUUUCCUUUUGAUGUCAAAGUUCUAUUGCCUUCUGAAUUAGAAGGGGAUGUGAUAAUAUUUUUAAAUUAUGGGGUUUAUUUUUCUAUGUAUGGGUUGAUCACUUCAUUGAUUGGGGAUGCCCUUGAUUUGAAAGAAAAUUAGUUUUCCCUACAUGAAACUUGAAGGAUCAGGGAAGUAAAUUAAUUAAUUAAAUUCUCUCUGUUGGGAGAUCAGAGCUCCCCUGAUACUUAUUAUCUUUGAUUUUUUUCAAAGGGCCUCAAUUGGUGGUUGUGUCCCAGCUAGAGUUUAUAGAACUUUUGGUUACUCUACAGUUGACAUUUAUAAAAUCUGCAGUAUCAUAAAAUAAAGUUAUUUAUUUAAUUAUAUAACCAGUCUUUUUACUGGUCUGAUUAUUUGGUGCAUUCAUUAAAUCUAAUUGUAUGAAAAUCAAACUUAUAGAAAAAUAAUCUUGCUUACUACAACUAAAUAAAUAAUCUGUUUUGUUGGCUGGUUAACCUUUAAGUCAGAGUCAUGCAUAUGUGAAGGAAUAGAAUUUCUGUCAGAUAUCCUUUUUUCUUUACUCAUUAUUACUAAUGAAUCUUCCUCCCCACACCCCCUUUCCCACUUUGCCACCCCAAAGCCCUUGUGAUCCAUUAUUACUGUUGUGUCUCUCACUAAGGCUGGAUACUAAUGGUUAGAACAGUCUCAUCAUCCGGGUUUCUGUAGUAUCUUUGUUUAACGUGUUCUCAUGUUCUCCAGAAAUCCCCUCCAAAAAAUGCCCCCAACCCCUAUAAUAUCAUAGAAUGUGAAGUUUGAAAGGGACCCUGGCACUCAUCUAAGCCAGAAAAGCCUAAGAUCACCCAAGUAGGCAAUGGCCAAGCUGGCUCCUCGACUCUGCUACUUCUUAUGCUCCUCUGUAGCAUUUGGGUCCACCAAUAGCUUAGUCCUUUUUGAGAUCAGAUUUUCACAUGAAUCCCCACAACCUGUGCCCUUGUCUUUAAAUUCAUGUCUUUUGCCUCGUGUUGUUUUGGUGCAAAGAGAAAGGCCAAUUCUGAAAUCCUAUAUCUUUGCCCAAAAGAUCUUGUCACUUUAAAAACAAAAGCUACCUGAUGUUUUGGGGAAGAAACAUUCGAUGCCGUGAAUUAUGAAUCUUCUCUUCUCUGUGUUAACAACCAGGCACUCAGUUUUCUAAUUCACUGUCAAGAUGAGAAAGCAUGGCAACAAAAAUGGCGCCAGGGGGUGGGGGUGGGGAGCAGGAAAUUUCAAAAGAUAUUUUUUUUCUUUCAGUGUAUGGGCAUCUUGGUAAAACAUUUCAUUUAAAACUACUUGAUUCUUUCCUAAUUCAAGGCAUCAGCUCUAGGUGCUUUUGGUCUUUUGUCCUGGUUAUUUUCCAUUCAUAUAUGAAUGAGGUGAAAUGCUCCCUGUAAAAUACAUCAUUUUCCUUUUCAUAGGAUAAGAGUUUGGAGAUUUAGAGCAGAAAGAAGCCUCUGAGGUCAUUUAGUCUGACUCAUUCACUUUACAGCAAGAGGAUGCUGGGGGCCAAAGAGGUGCGGUGAUUGCCCAGGGUCACACAGGCUAGAAGGGGUAGGGCUUGAAUCCAAACCCAUCUCCCAUGCCAGUGCUCUCCACUCCACUACUUGACCAUCAUUCCUUUGCAUUGUCAGAAAAGGGCUUUCGACCGAAGCAUGCUGUUUUUCACUUUCUUAAAUUUUUUUCUUUUAUUCAACUUUUCUUAUACAAAAUGACUAAUAUGGUAAUUGGUUUUGUUUGUUUGAUUGUUUUUUUUUUUUAGUGAGGCAAU